UGACUAAUGUCGCUUUGGAUGCAUGGAAUCCUUCUGAGCAUCAGUUACAUUUGUUUGGAGAAUUUCAGAAAAAUCUAUUUUCACUCGCUUUAUAGUAAAUAGGAUUUAACCAAAACUAUGCCAAAAGUACAAUAUUCAUCCAUGCCACAAUAAGUGAAUAAUUUUUCUUCUGCUUAUGGAUAAAUGCACACAGAUGUCUUUUAUAACCGACUUUUAAACACAAAAGUCUUUCUUUGCUUUAAAGACUGUCCUUCUUGAAUCAUCCAUUACCGAUGCCAGCAUGGAACCGUUGCUUGGUACUCAGGAGAAGAACCAGUAUAUUUCUGGUGGGUUUGUUUGUCUGUUUCUUAUUUAUGAUCUCCCUCAUGAUUAAACUACAGAGAGAUACAGAACCACUGGUUAAAGACGAAAAACAUGGAAAUGAGCAGCCAGGGACGAUAGCUACUUCAGGUGACCACAAGAUGGCUAUCUUAGUGCCAUUCCGAGACAGGUUUGAAGAGUUACUGGAGUUUGUGCCAUACAUUCACAACUUUCUAAAUAAACAAGGAACAGCACAUCAGAUUUUUGUGAUUAAUCAGGUGGAUGACUAUAGGUUUAACAGGGCUUCCCUCAUUAAUGUUGGUUUUCUGGAGAGUCAGAAGGACUGUGAUUACAUUGCCAUGCAUGACGUGGACCUAGUGCCUGUGAACCCGGCGAUUACCUACCCAUACCCCCGCACAGGGGUCUAUCAUGUCGCCUCCCCAGAACUCCACCCACUCUAUCACUACAAAAAGUUUGUGGGGGGGAUCCUACUUCUGACUAGGGAUGCUUUCAUCAGUACAAAUGGUAUGUCUAAUCGUUACUGGGGCUGGGGUCGGGAAGAUGAUGAAUUUUAUGUCAGAAUGCACCAUCAGGCACUGGAGAUUGAGAGACCAAAGGGGAUCACCACGGGAAAUCAGACAUUCCGACAUAUCCACAACCGAAAGAAACGCCCACGAGACAACUACAGAUAUUUUGGACAAACACAGAAAACAAGUCGACUUGACAGGGAGACUGGAGCCAGCAAUGUGCGCUACACUGUGGAGAGUCGGACAGACAUCACAAUACAGGGGGCACCUGCUAGAAUUAUCAACGUGGUGCUGAACUGUGAUUUACAGGCCACACCAUGGUGCUUAAAGCCACAAUAUCAUUCUGUGUACAAAGCUAAAGGACUUAUACCGUAAAGUGUUCACACAAAGAACUGUGAUUUACAGGCCACAUCAUGGUGCUUAAAGCCACAAUAUCAUUCUGUGUACAAAGCUAAAGGACUUAUACCGUAAAGUGUUCACACAAAGAACUGUGAUUUACAGGCCACAUCAUGGUGCUUAAAGCCACAAUAUCAUUCUGUGUACAAAGCUAAAGGACUUAUACCGUAAAGUGUUCACACAAAGAACUGUGAUUUACAGGCCACAUCAUGGUGCUUAAAGCCACAAUAUCAUUCUGUGUACAAAGCUAAAGGACUUAUACCGUAAAGUGUUCACAUACAUAGAACUCCUACCACGGGUUUGAAGGACUGAUAUGAACUCAUAAAAUACUGAAGAGUUCAUAUGCCAAGAAAUCCUAUCAAGGGUUCAUAUUCAAGGGACUGAUAUACAAGGAAAUCCUACCAAGGUUCACAUAUGAAGGACUUGUAUGUUGAAGUGGUCGUAACCCUCAGCCCAUAGUACACUGGAUACCAGCGUAUAGAAAAGUACCACAUAGUACAGCUUACCUGUGAUGAUAAUUCCUUGAAAUGUACAAAUGGACCUGUCAGAUGUAUUUCGAGAGUUCAAGCAUUAAUUAAGAAUGAAGAGAAUUCAAAAAUUAACAACCGUUGACAUUAUGGUAGCAGCACUCAGCAUCUAAAACACUUGACAAUGUGCAAGAGAUUGAUGCUUAUUUUGAUUGAAACCAUACGGUUGCUAUAUUGCACGGUGAAAAACAACCUUAAAUCAGUGGUCUCACAAACUCUCUUCACAAGAUCAUCAUCUGAUACACAACAUUUAUAGUGCCUGUACCCUAUAGAAUAGCUACAUGUAUGUGAACUUUAUUUUGCAUAAUCUAUUUUUUAAAGAAAAUAGAAUGCAUCACAGAGACUGUGAAACACAAGUUUGUUGUUGUACAGACAGCAUGUGUAAUAACUAAUAUUUAUCAUAUAUUUUUAUAACAAAUCAAAGAAACCAAGGAGUGCCAAAUGAUGUAGUGAAAGUGACAUUCAAAUUGAACAACUACAGUAAAACUCGGUUAUAGUAAA